UCCUCACAGUCACUGGGAGGGCUCUGGUGACUGAUUGGUCUGCAAGUGGCCAUCCUUUGCCAAGCCCACAACAUAUGCAGAUAUAUAUGCACUUCACUUGACAGAAACAUAGGAAUAGGGACAUUUGGGAUCAUUCUCUACAACACAGCUUGUUUUCCUGUCUUUUACCUGAGUGUGUGAGAUGAAGACUCAGCAGCCUCUUCAUGUGGCCACACCAGUGAGACAGAGUCUUGCCCUGACCAAAAUGGCUGGAACCCCUGUUUACCUGAAACUGGAUUCAUCUCAGCCAACAGGAUCCUUUAAGAUCAGGGGCAUCGGGCAUCUCUGCCAAACUUGGGCAGAGCGAGGAUGUGAGCGGUUUGUCUGCUGUUCAGGAGGAAAUGCUGGUAUGGCAGCAGCGUAUUCUGCCCGUCAGCUCAGGGUACCUGCUACUAUAGUAGUUCCAAGUGUCACACCAAACUCCACAGUGGGCAGGCUGAAGGACGAAGGUGCCACUGUGAUCAUUUAUGGCAAGGCUGUAAAUGAAAGCAUUGAAUACGGACAUAAGCUAGUGGCAAACAACCCUGGCUGGAUAUUCAUCUCUCCAUUUGAUGACCCCCUCAUCUGGGAAGGGCACACGUCGCUGGUGAAGGAGCUGGAGCAAGAUCUGAGGGAGAAGCCAGGAGCUAUAGUGCUGUCGGUGGGCGGUGGAGGGCUGCUGAAUGGCGUAGUGGAGGGACUGCACCGAGUUGACUGGGCUGACGUGCCUAUUGUAGCCAUGGAAACCAUGGGAGCACAUAGCCUCAAUGCAGCCAUGAAGGCUGGAGAGCUGGUCACUUUACCUGCAAUUACCAGCGUGGCAACCACACUGGGCCUGACACAGGUGUCUGCACAGACAAUGAAGCUGGUGGGUGAACACACAGUUUUCUCAGAAGUAGUCACAGACCAGGAGGCUGUAAAAGCUGUGGAACACUUUGUAGAUGAUGAGAAGGUCCUGGUGGAGCCAGCCUGUGGUGCCGCCCUGGCAGCCGUGUACAGUAAUGUUAUCAAAAGGCUGCAGGACGAGGGCAAACUGGCCCAGCGCCUGGGCCCGGUGGUCAUCCUGGUGUGUGGCGGCAACAACAUCAGCAUAGACCAACUGUGGAGGCUGAAAAAACAGCUUGGUAUUAUCUAGCAUGGCCAACUUCCUGACCUUACCUCUAUUCCCCAGUCAGCUGGUCUCAGUCCCUAAACGCAAUGUAUUGAUGUGGUCCACUGAAUCAUUCCAGACUGUGAAAUACUCCUGAGCACCGAGGCUGACAAAUGUGAGAGUGUGCUGCUGGAGGGUUUUCUUUUUGAUCUUGUAAUUGUGAUGUUGCUCUGGCAGAGGUAGAAGGUGACCAGAGAAUCCUGCUUUUGUACUGUUGAAAUGUAUUUUAAAAAUAACUUACAUUUGUGAAUAUUCUGCCUAAAGAAAAAUUGCCCUGCUAGUUUUGUAUUCCAGAUGGUAAACUAUCAUACAUAUGUUGACAAUGGUUUUAGUAUAACAUGAGUGGAUCAUCAUCUUCAUACAAUAAAUUGCACUCUUC